GUGUCAUAAACAACGAAGAUGCUUGUGAUUGUUUGUGGUCGACAUGGUCGACAUUCUGUUUCUGCUUGGUUCUGCUGACAUGACGCGUAAUAGUCUUUACCAAUGAUGAUGAUACCUUAACUUUGUUCAAUGAAAAAUUAAAUUACGUUUAAAGUUAUGGCUCAAGCGAAGCUGAACUCGCAAGACAAAACAGACAGCAUUCUCAAGGAUAAUGAAAAGGAGACUGACGAAAAAGAAGGAACAUGCUCAACAGUAGUACCAGAAUGUGCAGUCUGCCUUCAGCCAUGUAUUUAUCCCGCGAGAUUACCUUGCAAUCAUGUAUAUUGUUACUUGUGUGUCAAAGGUGUUGCAAAUCAAAGCAAAAGAUGUCCUAUGUGUCGUCAAGAAAUUCCUCCUGAUUUUCUUGACAGGCCACAAUUAGUAGAAGUAGAAGAAGCACAGAAGGAAUUGGAUCAUUCUGAAGAAGAAUAUCAGUGGUUUUAUGAAGGCAGAAAUGGUUGGUGGCAAUAUGAUCAACGUACAAGUUAUGAAUUAGAAACUGCAUAUAAACAAGGCAAACGAAAUUGUGAAUUAUUAAUCGCAGGAUUUCUUUAUAUUGCUGACUUUGGUUCUAUGCUUCAAUUACGUAGGAAUGAUCCAUCUAGACGAAGAAAAAUUAAACGUGAUUUAUACAAUGUUCCCAGAAAAGGAGUUGCAGGUUUAAGAUUAAAUAAUCAGGAUGAAGAAAUUAUUAGAGAAAUAAGAGGAGCAGAGAGACCUGCAAGUCCUGCAAGCGAUAAUAUGGGUACAGGAGAUGGUACAAAUACUCCCGUACCACCUAGUAACACACCACAAACACCAGCAGGUGGAACAGCAAGUGGUGAUGCCACACCCUUAAAUGAUAGAAUGGAACAGAGGUCAGAUUCUUUGCAUCAGGUAUUGGAACAAAUGCGUUCCUUAGUUUUGAGGGAACACUUAUCUUCAAGUACAGAUAAUGAAUUAGAAGAAGCAGCAGAAAGUGAAUCACUUUCCAUUCAUCCUACAUUAUAA